AUGAAUGAAAGAAUAUUAAAAAUUAUUUGGGGAUGUGACUUAUCAUGUCUAUUAAUCAAUAAAAACUAUGACUUAAAGUUAUAUUCAUUUGUAAAAUUUCAUUAUUGUAAUUUAUCACUUGAUAAAAGAAUUUUCAUUAGCAGGAAAAGAUCCAAUUUAAUAAAAAAUGAAAAGAAAUGUUGUAAACAAAAUUAUAAAAUAAGAUAUGACGAUUUGAAGAAAUGCGAAAUCACUGAAAGGAACAGUUUAACUAUAAAACAUAGACUGAAUUUUUAUGGAGACACUAUUUUGCAUUCUAGAAAUAAUAUUUUUAAUAAAUCAUAUUGUAAUUAUUAUUUAAGGAUAAGAAGUUACAGUGGCAUGAAAGAUAAUUUUAAAGAUGAAGAAGAACUAAAAAAAGAAAUCAAUUUAAUUAACAAUAAUGAUAAAAAAAAAGAAAAAAUUGAAGGAGAAAAAUUGAACAGAGGAGAUAUCUUAAAAGUCGAUAUAUUAGAUAAAAAAGAAUACAUAUGUGAUAAUACAAAUAAUAGAAAAAAUGAUAAAGAAUUUAAGAAAAUUGAAAAAGAUAAUAAUUUGUUAAUUAACAAUAACAAUGAUUUAAAAGUGAAAUUUGUCAGUUCACAAAAGGAUGAAAAUUAUAAAACAUCAAAGUUGAAUAAUAUUAUUAAAAGUGAAAAUAAUAAAGUAGGAAAAGAGGAUAAUUUAAGUAGUAACGGAAAUGAUCAAAUUGAAUAUGUGAAUAAUAUAAAUACGAAUUAUAAUACUGAAACAACGGAAAAAAAUAAAGAAGAAAGUCAUAAAUUAAAAAAAAAGAAUGAAAUAAAAAAAGUAUUAAACAUAAUAUUUUGUUCAUCUAUUCCCAUGAUUGGUUUUGGUUUUAUGGAUCAAUUUAUUAUGAUCCGUUUAGGUGAUAUAUUUGAUGCAUCUAUUGGGGUAUCUUUUGGGAUAUCUACACUUUGUGCUGCUUCUUUUGGACAGCUAUGCAGUGAUACUUUUGGCAUUUUUUUUGGAUAUGUUUUGAAUUAUCUACUUCAAAGAUAUAAAGUUAUAGAACCAGCAAAAUUUGAUAUAAAAAAUAAAGUUUAUCAGUAUUGUACUUUGAUAGGAUCAGUUUUAGGAAUUUUACUUGGAUGCUCCAUUGGUAUGUUACAGUUACUUUUUAUUGAUACUAGUAAAAGUGAACGGUUAAAAAAAAAGAAGGAGUUGGAUUUUAUUUUUCAAAUGGUUAUGUGUGAUUGCCCUAAUAUUUUAAAUUGUGAAACUUCUACCUUAUUUUUAUAUGAUAAAGCAAAAAAUGAGUUAUGGAGUAAAGCUAUACAUGGUAGAAAACAUAUUAUUAAGAUUCCUGUAAAUAGCAAUGAAAAAAGUUUUAAUUUAUGGGUUCUUAGAAAUAAAGAAAUUAUUAAUUGUAAAAAUGUGUUAAAUAAUGAAUUAUAUAAUCCAUCUCAUGAUGAAAAAUUUAAUUUUAAAACAAAAACUAUUUUGGCUGCACCUAUUUUAGACAAAAAUAAUGAAGUUGUUGGUGUUCUUAUGUUUUUAAAUAAAUUAAGAUCUCAUGGAGGUUAUUUUACUAGGGAUGAUGAGAAGCUAGCAGAAAUGAUGAGUAAACACAUUUCUAUUUUUAUGGAAAAAUUUAAUUAUAUUAGUGAAGGAGAUAAAAAAAUGAUUAUUUUUGAUCAAGAGAAAAAUAAUAUUCAAGAAGAUGAUCAAGAUGAAGAUGAUACAGAUGAAAUAGAUACUAAUAUGAAUUUACAAGAAGAAAAAAGAGAAAUAGAAGAAAUGAAGGAAGAAAAUUUAGAAGAUGAAAAAAAAAAGAAAAAGAAAAGAAAAAGGAAAAAGAAUAUUAUUCUAAAAAACAUUUCACACAUAGAAGAAGAUGAAAAUAUAUUUGAUGAAGGUAGUGAAAAUGAAAAAGAAAAAGAAUUUGAUGAAGAGUAUUAUGAUGAAAAAACUGACGACGAUGAAUAUGAUGAAGAUGAUGAUGAAGAUGAUGAUGAUGAUGAAGAUGAUGAUGAAAAUGAUAAUGAAGAUGAUAAUGAAAAUGAAGAAAAGAAUAAACAUAAAUUAAAUAAUGAAGAAAAUGAUGAUCAACUAAAAGAAGAAAUAGAAAAAAAAAAAAUUAAUAAGUAUAGCGUAAGUAAACUAGAAAAUGAAGAACAAAAUGAAUACAAAUUAAAUAGAGAAUAUAAUGAAGAUAAAUUAAAUGAAAAAGAAAAAAGAAUAGAAGAAAAUGAUGAGAAUAUGUAUGAUUUUUUAACUGAAAAUUACUUUAUAAAUAGUAAUCGUGAUAAUAGUAAUAAUAAUAGUAUGCGUUCUACUAAUAAUAGUGAAUAUAAAAAUAAUGUAUUUUUUAAUAGUAGUAAUAAAGAACAUAAUGAUGAAAUAUAUUUUGUAAAUGAGAAACAUGAACAAAUAUAUGAUUGUAAUAAUAUAGAUUAUGAACAGGAUAUAAUAAAAUAUAUGAAUCAUAAUUUAGGAAAUAAAUUUUCAAUUAAUAAUAAUAACAAUAAUAAUUCAAAUGGUGAUAUUUCAAAAGAGGGAAAAAUUUUAGAUAUUUAUAAUUCGAAGAUGGGAAAAUUUUUGCUUGAAGAUAAAAGCAAUAAAGAUUGUAAUAUAGUAAUUGAUGAUAAAAAUACCAAUAAUAACGAUAAUGAUAAGAAAGAAAAUAACAGUAAUACUGAUUAUAAUUACGAUAAUAAUUUUAAUAAGAGAAAUGAUAAUAUUUGUAGCGAACAAAAAUCCUUAAAUUUAAAAACUGCAAAUUUUUCUGAUAUUAAUGAAUAUAAUGGAUUCCAUAAUUCAUAUGUAAUAUAUAAUAUGAAAAUUAUAGAUGAAUUCUUUAAGAAUAUAAAAAAAAAUACAUUUUUUUUUAACACAAAAAGUUAUAAUAAAAACUUAAAUUUAUGUAAAAUAUCUAAAUUGAAUUAUCGAUUUUAUAACAAUAUUUUUGAAAAAAUGAAUUUUGAAAAUAAUAUAGAUAAUAAUACUAUUAAAGAAAAAGAAAAUAUGGAAAAAUAUAGAAAAAUAAGAGAAGAUUGUUUAAAAAGGAAUGAAAAAUAUUACGAGGAAAAUGAUUCUAACAUUAUGAAGAAAAAAUUUAGUGAAAAUGGGGAAACAAAAAAAUACAUAAAUGAUAAUAAUAAAUUUUUUUUAAAUGAAGUUUUUUAUAAUAAUUCUUCAAUUGAAUUUAUUAAAAAAAUAAAUAGAGAAGUGAUUAAAAAUUAUUUGAAAAAUUCGCAACAAAUUGAGAAAUUAUUAUUUAAAAAAAAAGUUAUGCUAGAUGAUGUUGUAAAAUUGUAUAGCUCCAAUGUAUUUGAUGAAAAAUAUUUUUCUCAUAUACACUUCGAAAGAUUAUUUAAUAAUGCAUUUAAAAAAAAAAUUGACAUAAAAAGUUUUAAAAUGUUAAAAAACAUUUACAAAUAUAAUUUAAAUAGAAUAUUUAGUAAUAACAAUAAAUAUAUAAUAAUAAAAAAAAGAAAAAAAUUAAGAAAAUUUUGUUAUAUUAUGAAAAUUUUUGAUAUAUAUAAAAACAAGGAAUUUUGGUUUAACAUAUAUUGCCAAAAUGCUUUAAAAAAAACGUUUUAUAAAAACUUAAAUUUGAUAAUUAAUUUACAUAAUUCAUGUAUAAUUGAUUUAAAAUUAGUAAACAAUUAUUUAUUAAGUAAAAUUUAUGAAAAUACGACAACUAAUUAUGUUUCACCAAGUUUAUGUUAUAAUAUUAAGAAUAUUGAUUUUUUUUUUAAAGAAAAUUUGUAUCUUUUAAAUAAUAGUAGGAUGUGCGAUAUUAUUUAUAAAUAUAUUAUUUUUCACUAUUGUAGAAAAAAAGUAAAGAGAAAAAACUUUAAUUAUUAUAAUUACCAAGAUUUAUUCAUAGAAGAUUUUUUUGGUCAAAAUACUCAUACAAAAAAAGUACCCAAAAUAUUAAAUGAUGAUUUAGGAAAAAAAAGUGAAAUUAUUACAAUUGACAGAUAA